AGUGCAUCUACACUUCUACAGUGAGGAGUGAAAAUGGGGACGGGUGUUCUUGGCUGCUGCUGCUGCGGCGAUGCGAGGACACAAAAACCCACGCUUGCUUGCUCUCUCGGUUAACAAAAAACAGUAAGGACAAGGCAUUGGAUUCGGGCCAGCAAUAUAUUAGUAGUACCACUCUGCCGCUCUGCUAGGGCAGUGUGCAACCAGAAUGUACCCGAUGUGGUAGCUAGGAUAGGACUAGAUGAGAGCCGAAAGCUGGUGAGGUUUUGCGAGCAGUUUAUAGUUCAUCCGUUCGUUCUUUGCUGCUGCAGUGCUGCUUCUUCCCGGCCAGUCAGGCCAAGAGAGUCUCGAGGUCUCUGAAGAAACGGAUGUGAGGUUGGUGGCAUCGGAGGAAAUGGAGGAAUCGAGGCCGAAGAGGGUGGAGCCGGCGCAGGCGGCGAGGAUGCGGACCGUGCCGAUCGCCGUCACGCCGGAGGGGUUCUGGUGCUGCCCGUCGCCGGCGGCGCUGCACAAGAGCCUCAAGAACCCGCACCACCACAGCAAGCCGCCGCCGCCGCAGCCGCAGCCGCAGCAGCAGCACAAGACCGCAUCUGCGCCUCACUCCAGGGCGCCUUCGGUCCAGAACGCGCCGUCCGUGACCGACGAGCCGGUCGCCGGAGACGCUCCCGACGAGCAGCAGCACGCCCAGCCGGCCGCCGCGGCGGCGGCCGCAGAGGAGCACAAGAUCUGCGUCGGGUUUGGGCAGCCGGAGACGAGCGACCUGACGGUGAUGCUGUACGGCAAGGAAGGGAUCGCCGUCAGGAUGAGCGUGCACAGGGACGUCCUCUGCCGGAGCAGCGGCUUCUUCGCCGAGAAGCUCGCCGCCGCCUCCGGUGGCGGUGGCGGCCAUGGCUCUCCCGCUGUGCCCUCCUGCGUCGAGAUCCAUGACUGUGACGAUGCUGAGAUCUAUGUGGAGACCGUCGGGCUCAUGUACUGCGACGAGGCAAAGCACAAGCUGCUCAAGCAGAAUGUCUCGCGUGUUCUUCGCAUUAUGAAGGUUGCCGAGUCACUUGGUUUUCACGCAUGCGUCAAGUCAUGCUUGGAUUAUUUGGAAGCUGUUCCCUGGGUUGGUGAGGAAGAAGACAAUGUUGUGUCGUCAAUACGGCAUCUUCAGAGCAAGGCUUACGGAGUUAGUCCUCUGCUGAAAAGAGUUACUUCUGACAAUCUAAAGUCACCAACCGAUACAUUGGCUCAUAUAAUGGAGAUGGUAUUGAAGAGCACCGAUGACAGGGCGCGUCGGGAAAUGAAAUCACUGGUUCUGAAUCUUCUAAAAGACAACAGCCAUUGCACAGAUGGAUCAUCGGAUAUCUGUUCAGAAUUGUUGUACAGUUCAUGCCGAGGUUGCUUAGACAGACUCCGUCUACUGUUUGGAGAAGCAUCAGAACCAGAUUUUUCGGCUCAACUUACACGCCAAAUAACCCUCGAGACAGACAAUCUCCUCUGGUUGGUUGAGAUAUUGGUUAACCAGCGGAUUUGCGAUGAUUUCGUGACUCUAUGGGCAAGCCAAAGUGAGAUUGCAGAAUUACAUGGAAAAUUACCAGUUGCCUCUCGUCACACUGUUAGCUGUGUCACAGCGAGGCUUUUUGUUGGAAUUGGAAGAGGAGAGAUGCUUCCAUCCAAGAACACUCGUCUUCUUCUCUUGCAAGUCUGGCUGCAAGCACUCAUUGAUGACUACUCAUGGUUACAAUGCAGCUGCCGGUCAUUUGAUAGGAAGCUCGUUGAGGAAGGAAUCGGGCAGACAAUCCUGACACUUCCAUUGGAAGAUCAACGGUCGAUGCUACUAGCAUGGCUUGGGAGGUUCCUGAAGCUAGGGGAUAACUGCCCUAAUCUGCAGAGGGCAUUUGAAGUAUGGUGGAGGAGGACUUUUGUCAGGCCUUAUGUCAGUCAGGCAAGGUAAUGUUUUAUAACCAGACAGAAGUUCAUCUUGAUAAGAUAGGGAGGAGUAGUGCUUUUAGCUCAUGUAGAUUCUUUUGGAGAUUGCCUUGGUCAAUCUGAUGAUGGGCAUGAGAUCUGGCUAGAGUUAUCGUGUAAAGUUUGGCAUGCGCCAGAGCUUAGCUUGUAUGUAAAAUCAAAUGUUUUUCCUUUGUUUAUCAUAACAAAAAUCUUGAUCACUGCUCAGUAAUCGUCAUGUCAAGCAUAUAUUUGUUUGGAGCAAUGAUUUGGCUGUGCUACUCUCUCCCUUGAUUUUGGAAAGAUGUGGUGGAUAGUCUUGCAGUUGGAUGUUGUUGGGGAUGAUUAGGGGAAAAGUAAGGAGUUCAAUGUACAUCAGCUUCAGUGGGUUGGGAGGAAAUGGUGUUCUUUUGUCUUGCUGUUAGUGGAAGCUCCACCUUACAGAAUAACUUGAAAAGGGAACCAAAAGGUUAGCAUUUGGUGACUGCUAUCAUCUUUUGUCAAGUGUCUCCAUGAAUGACUCAUGAUUUAUGCCUUGGUCAGAUUGUAGCUCAGGGAAGUUGAGGUAAGUAAGAAUUCCUGGCAUGUUCACAAUCUUGUUCAUCCAAAAGACCACAUGCUACAUACCAAAUUCACAGCAUUAUAAUGUGGGUUUGGUACUUUGGUGACCUGAGUAGAAUCUUCAGUCCCAACAUGAUGAAGCUUUGCUGUCAAGAUGGAAUCUGAAUCAGUAGAGCAAACAAAACAUGUCAGAAGGAUGGCGUCAAGCAAAAUCUGAAUUUUAUCAUCUUGGUGAAGCUGAAAGGUGAAGCUGAAAAGGGUCUAGACGGUAAACUUCAGAUGAGUGAUCCCAUUGUCGGUAGGAUGGAUGAGAAAAAAAAUGCAGAAUUUCACACUAUGCGCCGUUUUUACGAAAUGUAAACACCUUUUCAUUAUCUUAAGAAAAAGUUAAGUAAUACGACUCCUAAGUUGGUGUCUCCACUAAGUUUCUACCUAACAUGAGCUGUCCACAUGAUGUCUUAGAGUUAAGAUUCUGGCAAACAUAAUUUCUUGGAUGUGCCUUCAACUAAAUAUCUCAUGAGCUCAUAGCAAUUUAGAUUACUUGGGCUGUGGACUGUGGUUUGGAAGAGGAAAUGUUAUUUUUUAAAAUUGAAUAUGCUAUUUAUACUGCAAUUUCAUGUUCUUAAUUAGCAGUAAUUCUCUCUGCUCACACAAAUGUUUGUGAAAACAUUAUGCAACUUGACAUGUGUAAUGGACUCACACUACAUGUGACUCUUCCAAUUGCAACUUAUGUUCAUGGUUUCAUCUGCAUGUUGCUGUUACUG